GCUGAUCGGCUCGGGCCAAGUGCACGUGGAGAGGCGCCCUGGACACAUGCACGUGGGCAUGGGCUCCGAGCACCGGCAGGAGGGGAGCGAGGUGCAUCUAGGGUUGGGCGAAGGCUGGAGAGAGCGAUUGCGGGGCCCCCUGGACGCCCACGACCCUCACGUGGUGGACGCCCUGAGGGAAGAGUACUUGCGCCCACCCAGCAGCCAACCCUACCAGGUGGAUCGCUACGACAAGAAGCUCAACUAUAAGGACAUGGAGUCGUGGCGGUUCCUGCACGAGAGGCUGACGCGACUGCUCGCGGGGCGACCGCCGGGCUUCUUCGUGGAGGCUGGCGCGCUGGACGGCGAGUACCUGUCCAAUACGCUGCACCUGGAAAUGGUCUACGGCUGGAGAGGUCUUCUAGUGGAGCCAAACCCGAGCUCCUACAAGGAACUCCUGAAGAAGAAUCGUCGGGCGUGGUCUUCCAACACCUGUCUAGCCAUCACGCCUUACCCGAGAGAAAUGGUCCUUGAGAUGGUGGACACGCACGCCAAUGCUGCGACGUCGCAGGCGAUGUGGGCGAUCCGGGGCAGCUCCUUCCUGAGCGGCGAAGGCGGAGUGGCGCAGAACCACAACUCCCAAGUCUACGAAACUACUUACGCUGUUGUGCAGUGCUUCCCUUUCACCACCUAUCUGUCGGCUCUUAACAUCACUCAGAUUGACUUGCUGUCGCUGGACGUGGAGGGCGCCGAGGAGAAGAUCCUGGCCACCGUCCCCUGGGAGGACGUCCGGGUGUCUGUCCUCUUGCUGGAGCACUACGGGAGCACCAAGGGAAAGGACCAGCGAUACGUGGACAGAAUCGAGGCCUAUGGGUUUCGGCUCUAUGACUACCAUGUCGACAAAGAUAAUAUCGGGGAUUACAUUUUCAUUCUACACAAAUCUGAGAGCACACGUCUGAAUCGUAUGCUUGACCACAACCGAGAGAUCGAAAAUUGGAUGGAAAUUACAACCACAGGCAAUGCUAUCAGAUCACGUGGCCAUGAACUAUGUCGCCAUAUCACACGAAUCUCAGAGACCGAUGUGGGGCCACUGGAGUGUGCUGACUAUGGACUGCGUUUCACGGCCCAAGCAAGGGGCCACAGGGAUAUGGGGAAGGGGGUUAUCAUUAGGGGGUGGCACAGGACGAAGAAAACGGCAGUUCCACCACCAUACCCAACCACUGGGUAG